AUGAAGUCAGAGUUCUUGAGAGGCUCCCUCAGCCAGCGCAACCCACAGGUCAUGGACCACGCUACUCCGCUACAGGGCGAGGUUGGCCGGGAGUUCUUGGAGAAACUUGCCUCUCAAGGCAAGAAGAGCAAGGCACCGGUGUCCAAAGCCGGCCCUAGCGAUGCUCCUCCCGCCAAGCGCUCCCGGCAGGAAGUUGUUGGCGGAAAGAGGGUUUCCAAGAAGCAAUACCGGAGGUGGGAGAUGCCGAUUGCUUCCGGGGCUGCGCUCAAGAUCUCCAAGAGCGCCACCGGCAUGAGGCCGGAAAGCUCUGAGGAAGCCGCGAGGACCUCACCUCCUCCUCAACCAAGCCCGGACGCGCCUGACGCCCCUGCACCGCCCAAGACUGCGCCCGUGCCUCCAGCAACUGCCUCUACCGGCGAGCCAGCCGCCGCCAAGCCAACACCGCCGCCAAGCCAAGGACCCGCAGCGGCCAAGCCUACACCUCCGGAGGGCCCCAAGCUCUCCAAGCCAAAACCAACCACGGCAGCCACCGCAGCCGGCUCCUUCUCCUCCGGCCCGCAGUCCCUUGUACUGCACGCAGGUCGUGCCGCCAUUGUGGCCAGGGAAAUGGCUUCAGCUCAGCUGGGCCGGAUUACCGACCUCACCCGCGGAGGAGCCGACCUGGGGCAUUUCCUUGAUUACGCUGAGAAGUGGAAUCAAGAGGAUGAGUCCCCGGCGACGCGCGGCCUAGAGAAGGACAAGAUGCCGGUCAUUGAUCCCGCGGGCCCUCGAAGCACCGGGCAAUACUUUAGCCGACUGCGGCGCGCGGUCAAGGAAUUUGACAACGCGUGGCACGAUGCUACCAACAAUGUGGUGAGCACGGCAGACGCCCGGAAGCGCCUCUUUGAGGAGCUUCUGUGGGAGCACCGGGACCUUGCUAAGGCCCACAGCCAUUGCCAAGCUGUUCCGGAAGCCUCCAUCGAGGCCCUCAAAGCUCAGCUCUCCACCCUUCACGCUGAAAAGGAGCAGCUCAUCCUGUCGCAUCGGAAAGCUCUGGAUGCCCAGGAGGUUAUCUCCACCCAGUUGAAGGAAAAACUAGUGCAGACUGAGCUCCGGUAUGACCAGGAGCGGAAGGAGGACAAAGCCGCUGCCGAGGCCAAGCUGGAUGAAACUCUAAAGGAGUGCGCUGAUUCCACCGCAGUGCUGCGGGCUGAGCUGGAUGAGGAGAGCGGGGCGCGGAAGGCGGCCCAAGACCGGAUCGCCCUCUUAGAGGCGGAGCAAAAGGAGUACGACUGGUUAGUUGUGCAAACCUACGCGCUCGCCCUCAGGCUCUUUCCGGAUUCGCAGGUGCACACGCACAAGAAGGUGACAGAACGCAGGGCUGAACAAGAAAUGAGGAACCCGAAUGCGCCCUGGGAUCCUUAUGAUCAUCUGGUCGCGCUUUCUGCCCGGGUCCAGCACAUGCGCGCGAUGGACCGGCAUCUUGUCGAUCCGCCCGAUGUGGCGAUCCAGCUCUUCAAAGUGCUAUGGCCUGGGGAGGAGAUGCCGGCCAACCUAACAGUUACCUCCGAUCGCCUGAAAGACUUGGACCUGGAGGCCUUCCACAGCUUGCGCCGCGACGCUCCCACCGAUAAGGACCCAGUCCUCACCGCGAAGCGGAAGGACCGCGCCUACCGGAUAGCGGAAUAA